AUGACUGUAAUAAUAUCGUUUAUUUCAUUUCUUAUUUUAUUAAUAGCUACAUGUAGCUAUUCAUUACCUAUUGAACAACAACAUGAUGGUUCAACAAUCGGUUAUAAUAUUUCAUCUGGUGCAAAAGAGCUUCUUCAUGAAGAAGAAAUGAAUAUACAACUAGCGUCCGAUGAAAAAACAACAGAGAUACUAAAUAUUGAUACUCAAGAAUUAUUGGAUACAACUCGUAGUGAUGAACCUAACAACCGUGAUCAGUUUGAAUAUCCAGAAGAUAUAUCACUUCCAUCAAGUACAGCUGAUGAUGAUAUGUUUACAUCUUCACCAACUAUAUCCGUUUCUGAAACGAUAUCAUCAAAUAACUCAAAUGAUGAAAGUAGUUUAUAUGAUAGUUUAUUUACAACUACACAAGCAAAUACUCAAUUUGAGCUAGGGUCAAUCAAUACACAUUCUAGCCAAAGCCAAGAAGAAAUAUCAACAAUAUUUGCAGAUGAGCUUUUUCGAAAUGAUAACCAAACAGAAAUGACCACCAAUAUCGAAUUGUUAUUCUCUGAACCGAGAUCAUCCAUAGUUGAAGGAUUAUCAAUCGAUGGAGUUGAAUCGGAACCAUCACCAUCUGUUGAAUCUGAAUCAGAAGUAUCAAUAACUACUGAAUCGAAAACAUCAAAAGUAUCGCCAUCGACUGAAACUGAAUCGUAUGUGUCAGAAGUAUCAUUAUCAUCAUCAGUUCAUACAUUUAAUGAGCCUAAUGGGCUUGUUGGUGAUGAUCAAUUAGCAGACAAACCAGCAAGAAUUGAUUACGAUAAAAUUGUUCAAUCAAGUGAAGAAAUCGAAGAGAUAGCAACAUUUGAUUCGACUGAGCCAGAUCAAAUCGAGUGA